AUGGCAGAAUCGUUGGAGCAGGCCAAAAUGUCGUCUGAUGAGCCAGCUGAAACUGUGAGUGAAAAAGUUUCGGAAACAAGUAAAAAAAGAAAGCACGUAGGCGAAGUUGAACCCGUGCUUAAUGAUAGACCUCGACGACAAGCACGUCCAGUUGUGCCUUAUGGCUCUCAAGCUUCUGAAACAAAGUUACGUAUCAAACCACCCGUUAAUAUAGUCCAGGGAAAGGGUAUCCCACUUGGUCAAAUCCCAUCAGUAGCUCGUGCAAUCGACAAGCACAAAACAUCGGACGAAACUCUUAAAAACAUACACAGAUUAUUUUACGGCCGAGCUGGUACAAAAAAUGACAUCAAGUCGCAUCUACGCGCUUUCUCAGGUCUUAAUCCUGAAUCUCCCGUCGAUGCAACGGUGAUCAAAGAAAAGCUUGAAAAAUUGAAAAUGAUUGCAUUGAAAAAGAUGUGCGCCUUUUUUAAUAUUAAAGUAUCGGGUGACAAAUCUUCAAUUAUCGAAAGGUUAAUUGAAUUUAUAAAAGAACCUUUCGAUACUUCGAAUAAAAAAGAUCUAAAAUUGCAUAAAGAUAAAAUUAAAAAAUUAGAAUUGAAUCAAAAAGCUCGAGAUAUAUUCUUUCUCGAACAGAGAAGCAUAUUCAAAUCUAAAGAAGAAAACAAAUCUGCAACUAGAACUCAAAUUGAUAAGCAGUUGUUAAAUACUUGGAAUAAUAUGUCAGAGAAAGACAGGGAACCUUAUUUCGAUCGCGCUAAGGAUACCAAAAAUAAAAGAACUCUAACCGCCAAAAAAACUGAACCUCCGAAAAAGACUGUCAAAAGUAAAUUUAAAUCACCUGAGACCAUAGAAAGCGAGGACGAUAAGUCUGAAGAUCCUGAAGAUGAUAAUGUAGAAAAGGAUCCGGUCAAUGAUAGUGCAGACAAGAAACCAGAUGACAAUGCAAUUGACGAAAGACAGGAAGGUGAUAAUAAUAAAAAUGAAUCGGAUGGAUUGAGCGAUGUACCAGAUGAGACUGAUAGCGAAAAGGAGCCACCACGCAAGAAGACUAAGAAGAAUGUUGACAAAGAUCAUGAAAAUUAA